ACGUAUCCAAUUGUGUAGCGCGGUAAAAACAUACUUUAUUUGAUUAAUUAAACUGUCUACUAUCUUAAAAAUUAAGUCUGUUUCUGAAAAUGUUUGAUUAGAAUACAAAAGAACUAAAAUAGUAUAUAAAUUGUAGUUUGGAAAUGUUAAUUUGAAUUUGGUGCUAAGCGCCUAAAGUGCAGCAACUGAGUAUCAAAAUUGAUUUAUAAACCAUGCCGUUUCGUCGCUGUUUUGCUCAUUGUCCUCAUGGUAGCGCUAUCCUGUAUCCAUUUCCACCAAAAACUGAUGUAGCCAGGCGGGAUCUCUGGAUACGGCAAUUUGGUAAAAAUCCAGACCAGUUCAAGCAGAAACAUCUGUACGCAUGCCGGAAACAUUUCAGCUCGUAUAUGACGUAUGGUAGACUACUGCGAAAAAACGGCUAUCCCGAUGUAAAUUUGUCUACAUACGACAAAGAUAAGCCUUACACACAAAGAUUCAGUUAUUACAAACCUGGUGCGAAACCCGAUCCGUUUUGGCAUGAUAAUCUCGAUGAUGUAGUGGCUAUGCCACCGUUAGAUUAUGGCAUGGACCUAGAAUACGUACCCGUAGAAUGUAUUGUACCACUUUCCAAUGAACUCUCUCACACCGAGGACAGCAACAGCAGCGAUGAUGAGGAUAUACAACUAAAAAAGAAAUCAAAUUAUGUAGAUCGUAAACGAAAGUGCAUACUAGGAUGUGGCGGUAAGCGUUCACUACACAUUUUGCCAUCUAUUCACAACGAAUUGGAAAGACGGCAAAAAUGGCUAUAUCUGGUGGGCAAAGAUCCAGCAUUGUACACACAGAGACACGUUUAUGUUUGUGAUCUACACUUCGAUAUACAUAUGGUUGGGAAAUCGCAUUUAAUACGUGGAGCAUAUCCGAAUAAAAACUUGCCGCCUCCGCUAAUAAAGUCAAUUCCGGAAAGGUUGGAAGCGGAAACAGAGUGCCUGCAAAAGUGUUCAGACUAUAAGCGAAAGUUCAAAUUUCCAACGUUCGAUCGUAAAAGGCGCGAAACGUGGUUGUUGAAAUUUGGGCGUAAUCCAGCAUUCUACACGAAUGACAUCUACGCAUGCGAUCGUCAUUUUAGUGAUGAAAUGAGAGUUGGCCCCUACUUACAAUCGCACGCUGUACCAGAUCAAAAUUUGGCACUCAAACUACUCCACGAGGAUAAUACUGGUAAUUAUGUGAUUAAAACUUGGUCGCUAGAAAGACUACAAGCUUUAGCAAAUGCUACAACGACAUCUCUAACUGUUACAACAACAACUACAACGCAUUCAACUGCACUGAUUUCGCCAACUGUUACAACAAUUGCUACAACAACUACAGUGAUAUCGCCAACCGAUACAAUAACUGAUUCAACAACUACAAAGAUUUUGCCGUCCGUUACAGCAUCUACAACAAUUUCACCAACUGUUACAACAACUACAACAAUUGAUUCACCACACAAAAAUUUACCACAAACACCAACAAUUGAUGGAACAGCACAAAGUAAGAACAUUCUUGACCAACUAAAAAUGACCGUUAUGUCUACUGCUAAUCAAACGUCACAAACACCCGUGGAAUAUGUAAAAAUGAAAACAUUAGGUGUAUUCAUGCAACAUAGAGAUGGUUAUGUGGUGCCUUUGAGACAAAUUUUAAAUGCAGUUGAUCCUUUGGAUUGCAGAGGAUAUCUGCUAACGGAAUAUGCUAAAUCGAUUGAACCCAAACUAACUAUAAAAGUACAUCCAAUACCAAAAGAGAUCUAUGAAGGUAUUAGUGACGAUGAUACUAAAAUGUCAGCAAGUCCUACGUAUAAGGACGAUACGGUUGAAGAAAGUGACGAGGAUGCGAAAAUGUUGAAAUUUACACAUGCGUAUGGUGAACAAAAUAGUACGGAUUCAUGGAGUCAUGAAGACAACAAUGAUUUCAGCAGCAAUUUAGAAAAUGCACAAAUAUACAACAUUAAGCGAAAUAAUUAUUAUUCGGGCUAUACCACGGCGAAAAAGGUGAAAUUUACGCAUACGUUUGAUGACCAACAAAAUAACGGCGAUUUAGGGGGACAAGAAGACAACACUGAUUACAGCAACAGUUUAGAAAAUGCACAAAUAUACAACAUUAAGCGAAAUAAUUAUGAUUCGGGCUAUACCACGGCGAAAAAGGUGAAAUUUACGCAUGCGUUUGAUGAACAGCAAAAUAACGGCGAUUUAGGGGGACAAGAAGUCAACAAUGAUUACAGCAACAGUUUAGAGAAUGCACAAAUAUAUAACAUUAAGCGAAAUAAUUAUAAUUCGAGCUAUAUCACGGCGAAAAAGGUGACAUUUACUCAUACGUAUGACGAACAGCAUAAUAAUGGCGAUUUAUUGAGACAUGAAGACAACAAUGAUUACAGCAACAGUUUAGAAAAUGCACAAAUAUACAACAUUAAGCGAAAUAAUUAUGAUUCGGGCUAUACCACGGCGAAAAAGGUGAAAUUUACGCAUACGUAUGAUGAACAGCAUAAUAACGGCGAUUUAGGGAGGCAUGAAGACAACAAUGAUUACAGCAACAGUUUAGAAAAUGUACAAGUAUACAGCAUUAAGCGAAAUAAUUAUGAUUCGGGCUAUACAACGGCAAAAAAUGUGAAAUUUUCGUAUGCGAAUGAUGAACAGCAAAAUAACGGCGAAUUAGGUGAGCAAGAUGACUACUACGAUUACCACGAAAAUAAUGUUGACAUGUUAAACUUUAGUGGCAACGGCGUACACGAAGCGAACACUGAAUUCGCCGUAAUUUCAGAUCCGAUAUUAGACCUACUGGCCGAAACUUAUCCCACAGAGAAUUUCCCCCUACUGCGGAGACAAAAUAAUACAGUAGUCAAAUGUAGCACAGAAACGAACAGCGAGAGCAAAACUGAAGUUGUAAUAGUAUCGGAUGAGCCAAGCAUGGCUGGCAAGUUGUUAACAGAAAAGAAAACGGAAACCGUUAAUAAACGCGUAAUAACGGUACAACCGAAACAACAACUCCAUAAUAGCAAGGUACUAACGCAAUUGAAAGCAGCAACCGUUAAAAACGGUGUCGUUAAGCAACAACCACAACAACAAACUUCUUUGACGAAGGCAGUUGCUUUCGCGGAGAGUUGGCAGCAAGUGAUGAAGACCAUGCAAGAGGAGGUAGCAGCUAACAGUACUUUGGCAAACAUGCAGAAGCAGCCCGAUGCCAUUGCACUGGCAGCCAAGAAGUUAGUUGAAGAAAUAAAACAAGCUGGUGAAAGGGAAAAACUAAGCAUACACCAAAAAAGAAUUGCUGGCGAUUUGACGGGAACUAAUCUAAAUAGUAAACAAAUACUAAGCACACAAGGUGCAUCUUCCGUUGCAACAACGCAAGUGCCAACAAAAAUGUUUAAUAAACCAGAUCCGAAUGCUUUCGAAAUCACCAGCGUGGAGAUAAUAAACAGCAUACCACCGAUUGUUGCUGGGCGAAACCCAAAUUUGAAAUUGAUCCCUGCAAUUCAGGAGGAUCCACAUCAGGCAAAAAUAACAAGCGUCGAAAUAAUAAACAGCAAACUGCCAACGAAUGUAGCUAACGAGAAUACAGUGACAUUUUCGGAAAAGGGGACCCCGCAAAUUCUGCAAAAUCGAAAAGAAAUUAUGCACAUGAUGCAUAGACCGUCAGCAGCUAAAGCAACAAUCGCUACAACAACAACUGCAACAAACACAAUGCCACUUUCAAUAACCAAGCCACCAUUUAAAACACCUGCAAGUGCCGCGCACGUGCAACCCAAAUCAAUGGAUGAUACAAUCGAGGAAUUGUUGGCCAAAGCCAAGCACAUUGUGAACACAAAGAACACUGCAGCGCCUGCAAACACCAACAAUGACGACGACGAUUCGCUGAAGUCUGCUGAACCAGAAAUACAUUUUGCGCCAAUAUCAACCACACAGCAUGCAGAAGAUGACGGUGUGGUGCCCUACUGUGUUCUCAAAUGCGCCAAUUUUCGCAAAAUCUACGAAUUUCCCUCACCCGAAGUGCAGACUUUCCAGCGUCAUUUUUGGUUUAUACAACUCGGUUUGGAUAUAGCGACCGAUUGGCGCAAAACCCUGUUCAUUUGCGAUAAACACUUCGAUGACACGAUGUUAUUGCCACCAGACAAUACCCUCAACGAAUACGCUUAUCCAUGCCAGUCGCUCUUGCGGGAACUCAAUAAACCGACCGCAACUGUUGGUACCCAAACAUGUGAUGACGCCGAGGAGUAUAGACAGAAGUUGUUCGAUCAAAUAGCGGAAUUGAAGCAGACGUUGUGCCAACAAAAACUGGAAGUGAAACGCGUUAAGGUUUUGAUACGUCUCAAGCAAGAGGCGUCGCGAUUGGUAGCCGAAAUUGAGGAGGCAGAAAAUGCGCCGAAACUGUUAACUAUUUAUAAUAAAGAAUAAUUAUUUUAUGUAUGUUUUGUAUGUUAUAGUAUACAUACAUAUGUAUGUAUGUAUAUAAAACCGUUUUCUACCUAAAUUUAAUUUUAGCUAUCAGUAAAAUUAAUUUUAAAAAAUAUAUUCCUAAUAAAUGUAUGCUUAAGACGAUUAAAUUUAAGCAUAU